CAAAAUUUACUUAUUUGGUAAAUCCACUUUCAAUCAGAGAGCUUGCUAACUGAUGUUAUAUUUGACAUAUUUAAAUCGCAGAUAGCUAUACGAGGGAAACGAUACAUAUUCGUGAUCGGUUAUAAAGUUCUACCCGACUUUACUAUAUUAAGUUCAUAAUUCCACUUGCAGCUGCUCCGGGGGGCGGAGUGUCUGGGAAGUGUUGCUCCGAUUGGGGCGCUCGGUUGGGGGAAGAGAGAUGGCGUGCUUGUUGGAGGCCCCACUCCGCAUCAGUGUGCUGUCUGAAGUCACUGCUACUAGCCGCCACUAUGUUGACCGGCUGUUUGACCCCGACCCACAGAAAGUGCUGCAGGGAGUCAUUGACAUGAAGAAUGCAGUUAUUGGGAACAACAAGCAGAAAGCCAACCUGAUAGUACUCGGAGCCGUACCCAGGUUACUCUACUUGCUCCAACAGGGCUCUUCGAGUUCCGAACUGCAGACAGAGUGUGCCGUGGUUCUUGGCAGCCUGGCCAUGGGCACGGAAAACAACAUCAAGUCCCUGGUGGACUGUCAUAUCAUCCCAGCACUGCUCCAAGGUCUCCUAUGUCCGGACUUGACCUUUAUUGAAGCGUGCCUCCGAUGUCUCAGGACAGUCUUCAUCAGUCCUGUGACCCCGGUGCAGCUACUCUACACGGACCCCACUGUGAUCCCCCAUCUAAUGUCUCUCCUGAGCCACUCGCAGAGGACCCAGGAGUACAUCACACAGAUCUUCUCACACUGCUGCAAGACUCCAGAGCAUCAGACCGUUCUGUUCAAUCACGGCGCCAUCCAGAACAUUGCUCCGCUUCUCACUGCUCCCUCCUAUAAGGUUCGGAUGCAGGCUUUAAAGUGUUUCUCGGUCCUCGCUUACGAGAACACGCAAGUGUCCAUGACACUGGUGAAUGUGUUGGUGGAAGGCGAGCUGCUCUCUCAGGUAUUUGUCAGAAUGAUGCAAAGGGAUCAGCCCAUUGAAAUGCAGCUCACCGCUGCCAAAUGUUUAACCUACAUGUGUCGGGCGGGUGCUAUUGGGACGGACGACACUUGCGUAGUCCUAAAGACGCUGCCGUGUCUGGUGCGCAUGUGCAGUAAAGAGCGACUGCUGGAGGAGCGCGUGGAGGGGGCGGAGACCCUGGCCUACCUGAUGGAGCCCGACGUGGAGCUGCAGCGCAUCGCCAGCACCACCGACCACCUGGUGGCCAUGCUGGCCGACUACUUCAAGUACCCCAGCUCCGUGUCCGCCAUCACGGACAUCAAGAGGCUGGACCACGACCUGAAACACGCGCACGAGCUGAGACAAGCGGCUUUUAAACUGUAUGCCUCGCUGGGCUCCAAUGACGAGGACAUCCGCAAGAAGAUUACAGAGACGGAGAACAUGAUGGACAGAAUAGUGAGCGGCCUGUCAGAAUCGAGCAUCAAAGUGCGCCUCGCGGCUGUCAGGUGUCUCCACAGUUUGUCGCGGUCGGUACAGCAGCUGAGGACCAGCUUCCAUGACCACGCCGUGUGGAAACCUCUCAUGAAGCUGCUGCAGAACGCCCCGGACGAGGUUCUCGUCAUGGCCUCCUCAACGCUAUGCAACCUGCUGCUGGAGUUCUCGCCCAGUAAAGAGCCCAUCCUAGAGUCGGGGGUCAUUGAGCUACUAUGCAGUCUGACUCAGAGUGAAAGCCCUGCGCUGAGAGUAAAUGGAAUCUGGGCCCUCAUGAACAUGGCGUUCCAGGCGGAUCAGAAAGUGAAGGGGGAGAUUGUGCGCUCCCUGGGGACGGAGCAGUUGUUUCGGCUGCUCUCUGACCCCGACACAAACGUGCUGAUGAAGACCCUCGGCUUGCUGCGUAAUCUGCUUUCCACGCGCCCGCACAUCGACCAGGUCAUGAGCUCCCAUGGGAAGCAGAUCAUGCAGGCUGUCACCCUGAUCCUGGAAGGAGAGCACAGCAUGGAGGUCAAGGAGCAGACCCUGUGCAUCCUGGCGAACAUUGCCGACGGCAACACAGCCAAGGAUCUCAUCAUGACCAAUGAUGACAUGCUGCAGAAAAUCAAAUAUUACAUGGGGCAUUCGAAUGUGAAGCUGCAGUUGGCUGCCACCUUCUGCAUCUCCAACCUGAUCUGGAACGAGGAGGACGGGGAGGGACUCAACAUCGGGGGCUCCCAGGAGCGGCAGGAUAAGCUAAGAGAGCUGGGCUUCGUAGACAUACUACACAAACUGGCACAGUCCCCAGACACCAACCUCUGUGACAGGGCGAAGACGGCGAUGCAGCAGUACUUGGCGUGACCACCGAGGGAAGCUCCCCUCCCGCUCCCCCUCCACCCAGCCCAGCCCUCUCCACUGCCAGCCUAACUAACAAUUGUCUGGAGGAUCAUCAUGAACUUUUUUCUUUUUGCGCAUUGGUUUCAAGUUUUCUUCUUGUUGUGUUGCACACAAAGACACGGUUCUUUUUAUUUUUUUGAGUUUUUUUGUGUCUAAACUACAGUGAUCAACUCUAAAUCCCUCCCCUCCCCUCCACGCCUGGCUCAGACUGCCUCCACCUCAGCAUGAAGACUCCACAACGGUCGCUCAUUUACCUGGAUCAUCCCAGGGGCCACAAGGAGCUGUUUUUUUUUUUCUUUGGCUUGGUGUUUUAUUGACGAGAAACAAAAGGAGACAAAUAUAUCCUUUUCCCUCUGGGACUGAUGUGGAUUUUUUAUCAGUUUUUUUUGGUUUGGUUUUUGGUUGUUUUAUUUUUUGGGGGGAGAGGAGUUUGGCCGCCUCUGGUCAGGUCCUUGUAUCUGGUGCACUUGGACUAACCAACAGUGGAGACUUUGGACCUGCAAGGCUGAUGGAGAAGUUGGAUUGGCGGGAGAGCUCACGAUGGGGGUUAGGAGAGUAAAACUCUUAUUUUGCUAAUGACUUAUUCAUUGACUAUUUAACAAUUAUGUGUAUUGUUAUUUUAAGGAAGGACAUAUUUCGGAAAAGAUAAAAAAGCAAAAUGGCUUGAAGUUCUGAGAUUUUUGGUGUUUUUUCUUUUGUGGAUACAUACCUCGUAAAUAUAUAUAAAUUUAUAUAUAUAUGAACACAAAUAUAUUUUUGGGAUUUUAUUUGGUCCCUUUGUUUGCCGUGCCCCCCCUCCCAUACCCCUACCCAUCUCACUAUAGUGCAGUUGGGUUGAGGCACCUUGACAGAGACGCCAAACAAAACUAAUACCAACCAUACCAUCACGACAUUAUUUCCCCUCUAAUCUAUCCUCUGUUCAAGUAACAAUUUAAUUAGGGUAUUUGUUAUUAAUGAGCACCGAGUAUCAAAGCUUAUAAUCGCGCCAUCUUCCCUCCACUUUACGACACUCAUGCUGCCGUUCUGUAGCUUUGAUCGUUUCUCUUGCGGGCCUCUGAGCAGGCCUGCUCAGACAAAACGACUGGAGCGGGCGGCGUCUGUGACUCUGCCGAGGUUGACAUUGAUUGCCCCGUCACUGUUGGGAGAUUCUCUUGUCCUCGUCUUGCCUGUCAAACCCAAAGCCCAAAGCUAGCGCCUCUCUUCUACUCUCGUCAAGACGAGGACAAAGGAGCAUGUAAUCAUGAUAUCAAAAAAAAUAAGUUAAACGACUGAGCCCUGGAGGGUAAGGCGCUAAGUGGCUCCACCACAAUAGACAUUAAAACAAAUCUUCUUUUCCUAGGUGGUUUGAUUCACUCUCUGCUCAGAAUCUCACUAUUAGACUGUUGUCCCCUAAGCAUUUCAAUCAUUAACGAAAGCCCUAGAGAGAAUGAGUGUUACCGUUCAAAUAUAUGCACACCUGAAAGAUGGACUCUGUGUUGUGUGACUUAUUUAACUAAAGGAUAGUGUACAUUUUUGUUUUUACAUUUUCUUACAGUUUGAUCUAAAAAUAGUUUGGACCUGAGCUGCAACUCAUGAAAUCGCAAAAAAUAAUGUAAUUUAAAAUAAUAAUCCAAUCACCGAGAGAGAAUCUGGAGCUUUCAUUCGAUUGCAGCUCAGCAGAGUGAACACCAAUGUACAAAGUCAGAUGAACGUGGUUGAAUUGAAUAAAAAUCUAAUUCAGGCCUGUGGUUUGGAAAAAUGAGCAAA